AUGGAAGAAGUUCACAAUGUACUGAAGAAAAUGUUUAGUGGUGACAGUUGUAAACUUAUGUGCACGAAUAAUGGCAAAAUACCCUUCGGCAAAGGAAAAAUAGUAUAUGAAUACUUUGGAGAUUACCCAACCUUACAAUCACAGUUAGGGAAUGGUGAGGCAAAGACUUGUGAUACAACAUAUCACCAACACAUACAGAAAAUUGAAGAAGCAUGUGCUCGUGUAAUUCGAGAUUGUAGAGAUAAUGAUGAUGAUCCAUUUUGUAUGUGGUUUAAUGAGGAAAAUAAAAAGGAUAAGGAAUACUGUGGUCAACAGAAAUUGAAUGAACUGAAAUGUAAUAAAGUGGAGGACGAGCUCGGUGAAUCUGGAAUAUUAGGGAGUAAUCAUUUGAACCAAGUGAAAUCAACAUUACCGUAUUAUAAAGAAUUAGAUGGAGGCUCAAAGGGUUGUGAUAAGGAUAGUAAUAUCGUCCAGAAUGUGAAGGAUGUAUUAAGGAGAAACAUUGCCGUUGAUAAUAAUGCAGAGAGAAUUGUAGAUGCUUGGUGUUAUACGUACGGAAUAAUGAACGGUAAUAGCUCCAAUAAUGAAUAUUGUGAUGCUUUGUAUUAUUGGAUAGGGCAUACAGUGUCGAAUGGUUCUUGGGACGUUCGUGAUUUAAGGGAACUUAUUAAAGACCUUUACCAAGAAUUUAAGGGGUGGAAGCCAAUAGCAGGAUGUAAUAGUUGGGACACUAAUAUUAGCGAUGACCUCUUCAAUGAACGAAAACAAGUAUUUGAUUAUUUGCAACAAUGUAACAUUAUAAAGGCACAAUUACAACAAAGCAAAGAGGCUUUAUCUUCUAAUAAGGCAAAGUGCGAACAGAGUUAUUACAACCACUUAGAGGAAGUGAUCAAAAAACUUACAGCUGAGGAAACUAAAUGUAAACAGGAACAGGGUGGUAGUGUUACUGAUCCAUAUUGUAAGAGCUUCUUAGCAAUGUGUCAACAAUGUGCCCCUCAAGAAUUGUCCAAAUUGAAAUGUGAAGUACCCAAAACUGAGGAAACUGAACACCAAACCCAAACUCAACCUCAAACUGAAGACAUUACAGCAUUAGCUGGUUCUACAUCUAGCACAGCAGAUCCGACAAUUCCUGCUGCUGUGUCUGGUGGACUUGCAACAAUUGGAAUACCUGCCAUCGCUUUUUUUUUAUAUAAGUAUACCUCUGUAUUUGAUUCGGUAAGAGACUUAUUCAUUGGGGGCAGCAGUGGUAGCAGCAGAAGUAGUGGAAACAGAACAAAAAGAUCUAUUGAACAUCAUUUUGAUACCCUAACGGAAGAUUCUUCCACAACAUUAUAUACAACAACCGAUAAUUCUACAAUAGAUGACGAUUCCAUGACAGAAUAUUGUGCUCCACAGUCUGAAAGAAGAAGGAGUAAUAAUAGGCAACAAGAAAGGCAAAGGAAUAAGCACAAUAGAAAUAAUAUACGUUACCAAGCAAUAUAA